UCCACGUUCAGCAUAAACUUGUUUAACUGUUGACAAUUUUUAAAUUUAAGCUCGCUUUUACUCACUAGUUUGCAAUUAACAUGAAUAAUAAUUAGUCAGUAAAAAAGUCUGGUGUCUGUGAACUGAAGUCAGUUUGUGAUCUGAAAUAUUAAAAUUUAAAUUUGAAUAUUUAAAUAUUUUGGUGUUAAUUUCAAGGUUUUUGUGAUAAAUCAGUCGAAAAUUAAAAAAUAAUAACGAUGUCAGCAUCACCAAUAGCACGUCAAGUUACCCAGAAUCAAAAUAUACCAUGUAAAAGAAUUGUUAUUUCUGAUCCAAAUCAAUUACCUGUGGAUUAUUCGUCAACACCUGGAGGUACUUUGUACUCAACAACACCAGGAGGAACACGAAUCGUUUAUGAAAGGGCUUUCCUUAUGAACUUAAGAAACUCUCCAAUUUCAAAAACUCCACCAAACAUAACGACAAUUCCUGCGGAAUUACUCAAAGGAUCUCCAACAAUAACAUCAACUCAUGUACCCACGUGCAAUAAACCGACCAAAGAUAUCACAGUAAUUGAAGAAGUUCCUGAGCAAUUCCAAAUGGAUAUGUAGGGAUUUCAAAAAUAUAUGAAAGCUGUGAUUAAGAAGUGUUCAUUGCAGUGUAUUUUUGUUAUCAUUUUACCAAUCAUUGAAGCAAUUAAUUUUUUUAAGUCUAAGUUUAUACAUAAAUUUUUAUUAGUUUUUAAAACUGGUAAUAAAUUAAAUUAUAAUGUUUUGUAAAGUGAUUGUGAAUAUGAUAAUAUUUCUGUGUUCGUAUGUAAUUAAAAAAUAAAAAAACAUUUUAAUGAUAA